AUGGAUAUGGAAGAAGCCCAGACCCAGGUGCAGAAGAACAAGCCGAAGGCUGUCAAGCCCCGUCCUCAACCUGUUGGUAAGAAAAAGGGUCAAGGUGUUGUGAGCAAGGAAGGCAGACCUGAUAUAGACAGUGGUAACACUGGUGCUGCUGGAAUUAGCAGCAAAGCAGCAGUUCUUGGAGAGGAUGUUGAUGAAGACUUCCUGCCUACUAUUUGUGAGGAUGACUUGGCCCUGGUUGGAGCAUUUGGAGAUGAGGACCUUGAUGACUCACAUGAGCAUGAGGUUGUGCUAGCUAUGAAAGGGAAAGUACCCAUGAAGUCUGUUGUUGCACUUACAGAGGAAAUGGAUCCUGACCUAGUGCUGCUGCCUCUAGCUCAAAGGCAAGACAGAGCCACCUCUGGGACCAAGAGGAAGACUCUCCAUGAUGAUGUCCUUGAAUUCUCUGAUUGUAGCAAUGACUUGAUGUCACCAAUUGAUGAUAUUGAACCACUGGACAGUGACAAGGACUCAGAGAUUAUGGAUGUCAAUGAAUUCAAGGCAGUGGUCACGAAGCAGCCAGUCAAAGCCAAAGUGAAGACAUCAGUCACUACCACAUCUAGCAAGGCCCCCCCUUUGAAGAAAGUAAAAGCCAAGAAGGAGCAUACAGCAACCAUGGUGCUAAAGAGCAACAGCAGCUGGGUGGAAUCUGUGUUGAAGGCACACUCAACAUAUCUGAACACUGACCUUCCUCCUGGUUACCAUAAAGACACCAAGUGGGAUCGCAUUUUUGUAUUGACCAUUUUUCUCUGGCUGGGUGCACAAGAAGAGCCCUGGAUGAUCCCUGACAAGAACCUUCUUCAUGCAUGCUGUGAAAUAUUCAAGGUCAUCUAUCCAGACAUCAAGUACCAGGUUGUGAUGUCUGGUUCAGUUUUCGGUGUUGUCACCCAACACAUCAUUGAAUGGUGCAGCAAUUUCAGAUCUACUGUGUUUGCCAUCAUCAUUGCUUUUUGCACCUCAAACAGAGACACCUCAGCAAAGGAGCUCUUAACCCUCUUCCUUCAACAAUAUGCAUUCCUGUACCCAAAUCCUGAUGAAAUCAAUAAAGACAAAACCUUCCAUUCUGCCUUUGUUCUGGAGCUUCUCGCUACUGCCCAUCUCUAUCACACUCUUGGGCAUGCUGAUGUUCCCACUCUCAAUACUGAUAAUCUAGCUCAGGGUGGCUUUGUUGAAGCUCUUGGAUUAUGUGCUGUCUCACUCAAACAUGCAUUUGCUCUGCUCGGCGACAAUGCUGUCAGCAUCAAAAAUUUGGAGGAUGCAGACAUGCCAACCACAGCACAGAAGACUUGUUUCAAGACCCCAAAGACACUCAACAAGGCUACUGGGAAGAAGAUGGGAACUGAGCAUGCAUUCUCAGUCGUUAAAUGGGGGAUGAAAACUGCUGCAUUUGUUUGGGCAGCAAACAAGAAGGGCCCAGAAGCAACAUGCCUGAUGGCAUCCAUGGCAUACAAGCACUUGAAAAAGCCUGGUGGUAAGAAAUAUGCCAGCAUCAACUCAGAGGAUGAAAUGGAUGACCAUGAAGAUGUCUGGUAA